AUGGAGAAGCUUGUUAGGUCUUGUGACAAAGAGUAUAUGAGAAUGGCUAUGUUAAAGCAUGAAGAAACUUUCAAACAACAGGUGUAUGAACUUCAUCGAUUGUAUCGAAUACAAAAGAUAAUGAUGCAAAAUAUGGAGGCUAAACGAAGCGUCGAAGUGAAAGAACAAGAAUGGUACUUCAGAAACGCAAUUAACUUAACUCAAAAUGCUAAUCAUCAUAAAGAUACACAAGAAAAAAGGACUCAAAUCAAAUUUGAUCUCGAAAGGCCGGCAGAGGAGCACAUUGCAGAAUCAGACGAUGACGAGGGGAUAGAAAUCAUCGACGAGACGGAGAUCGAGCUGACAUUAGGUCCAUCGCGAUAUACCCGUAGCAAGAAAGGUGAGACACCAAUAACUUCAGAUUCAGGACGUAGCUUAUCUUCAUCUUCAUCUGGAUCAAGUGACAUAAACAAGAUAAGAAGAUACAUGACACAUACAAAAAGAGAAGAAUCAAGUGGAAUCAUUAGAAACAGCUUUGGUAUUGAAGAACAAUUAAGACAACAAGAGAGAUUAAAACAGUCACCUUGGUUUUUUCAAGUGAUGAACCUAAACAUGACAUAA